AAAUACCUAAUACACUGACCAAAUUUAUGCUCGCCCUUCUUUUUCUCAACUCUGCCCUUUGGCAUACUCUCUCCCUCUCUCCUCUCUCUCACAAAAAUCUUCUCUCCCCUCUCUCUCUCACAAAAAUCAGUCAUGGCCCUGCAACUUUGGGAGACCCUGAAGGAAGCAAUCACAGUAUAUACCGGACUCUCUCCGUCGACUUUCUUUACUGUCGUCGCUUUGGGGCUUGCCAUCUACUAUGUCAUCUCAGGGCUGUUUGGGUCGUCUGAUCAGCACCAUCAGAGACCUAGGGCUGUCGAAGAAGAGAUGGAGCCUCUUCCUCCUCCAGUUCAGCUUGGAGAGAUCACUGAAGAGGAGUUGAAAGCCUAUGACGGCAAAGAUCCCAAGAAGCCUCUGCUCAUGGCAAUCAAGAGUCAGAUCUAUGAUGUAUCACAGAGCAGGAUGUUUUAUGGACCCGGAGGGCCUUAUGCUUUGUUUGCUGGGAAGGAUGCUAGCAGAGCUCUUGCAAAGAUGUCCUUUGAAGAUAAAGAUCUUACAGGGGAUAUCUCUGGUCUUGGUCCAUUCGAAUUGGAUGCUUUGCAAGACUGGGAAUACAAAUUUAUGAGCAAGUAUGUCAAGGUUGGAACUAUUAAAAAGACAGUAACAGUAGCCGAUGGGUCAUCCACCGACAAACCUGCUGAAGCUACUGACAGCGAUGUUGCCAAGCCUGAAGAAGGUGGUCCGUCAGAGAAUGCAGCAGCUGGAACUGCAGAAACUACAUCUGAUGGUGAUGCCAACAAAGAGUAUAUUGGUAGCUAGUUUCCGACCAAUGAGGCAGUUUGGAACUGUGGAAUCAUUUGUGAUGGAGACGCUGAGGAAGAGUAAUGUUGAAUGCCUGCAUUGUCUACUCUAGGAUACUUAAGCCGUAAACGAACUCGCUUGGAUGUUUUAGUUUGUUACAUUAAUAAAUUAGUCGGGCUGUUAAACUUUUCGUCUUGAUACCAAAGUUCCACUAUAUUUCUCUAUAUAUUGUCAGUUUCGAAGCUAGCUGCUUCCUUUCAUGUUGGGUUAAGGCCUUCAUUUCAUGGUAAAGGUACAAAUCAGCUCCACCUAGGUUAUAUUUCUGAAGCUUUUGUGGUAAGACAGCCCCAAUGCUAGUCAUAGCCUAGAUGUUAUGCAAUUUGUAUAUUGACUUAACUUUCACAAAAAAUAUUCCAGGGCUGGACCUUGAUGAUCUAUAGACCCUUUCUUGUUUUUGUCCA